AUGUCCAGGUCAAGCUCGACGCCUCUGCUGCUCCUGUGCCUGGCUGGGCUUCAGUUCGCCCUCGCCUACGAUGUCUUCGACGGCUACUACCCUGCCCUCUACAAGGUCGACUUCAUCGGGAACGACAUCCCCGUCAACGGCACCAUCGGGAAGUUGUCGAUCUCCAUGUCUGACUGCGCGACCUUGUGUAACGCCACCUCGGAGUGUCGGGGCUUCACCUACCAGAAGAGGGCGAGCACCGAGCUGAGCACCUGCUUCGUCAAGUCGAUGAUGGUGGGUGUUGGUACCGACACCAGCGCCGUCGUCAAUGCCGACCCCUACUCGUACAUCAGGAGGUCCGUUGCCGCCGACGUGUCCGGCUACCCGAAGCACGAAGUAGGAUACGAUUAUCCCGGGAAUGACAUUCAGUCAUCCAUCGCAGUCAAGGAUGCAGCCGCUUGUGGACAGGAAUGCAACAAAGCCACAAACUGUGCGGGGUUCGUCUACUACCCCAUCCCCUUCUCGGGGCAGAUCUACAAUCAGCAAGCAACGGUGGGGGCAGGUACAUGCGCGAUCAAGACGGCGAUGAAGGGGAAGUACCAGUUUCCAGCAGGAUCAGAGAUCCAAGCCUAUCACAAGUCAGCGGCUCCCUCCACUCAGUCUCUCUCUCUCGCCCUCAGCUUCUUGACUAUCUUGUUCCACCUGUCGCUCAGGUCCAGCCCGUGA